CGCCAACUAUAAAUAUCGAGAUCCGAUGUCCUGGAACCCAACUGAUCUCUCACUGUAAAGCCAUAUAAUACUCACUGCUUCGCCUCUCACCAUGCUCGUCCUGUCACUCCUUUUACUCUCUCUCGUCCGAGCCAUGAGUCAAUCCGCUAGCAAGCUUCCCUUCGAGAUUUCACCUUCGACACGAUCGGGUGAUCCUAAUCACAUUCCCCCCACUUUCCCCAUUGCCCCGUUCCACAAGUAUUCGGGCAAUCCCAUUUUGAGACCGGAGCCUGAUCACAAGUUUGAAGAGGCCUUCCUGUACAACCCCACGGCCAUCGUCCUAGAUGAUACUGUGUUCAUCCUCUACAGAGCUCAAAACAAGGAGCUUCAAAGCUCCAUCGGUCUUGCCUGGAGCAAGGACGGUGUAAACUUUACCCGAUUGGAUCACCCGAUUAUUGCCCCCACCGAGAAGUACGAGCUCCCCGGAGGAUGCGAGGACCCCCGAAUUGUCCGUGUCAAUGGAACAUUCUAUGUGACUUACACUGCGUGGGACCUGGUCGAGCCGCAGCUCGCUCUUGCCUAUUCCGAUGACUUGGUCAAUUGGACCAAAGUCGGACUCGUGUUUCCCGGUAUCAUGGACGUGGACAUGAUUGACAGUGAUGUCCGAGUUCCUCGAUUCAACCAUUCCAAAUCCGCUGCCAUCAUCAAUGAGCCCGACUCGAAAGGCCAAUAUCACAUGUACCACGGUGAAUCCCUCAUCUACCAUGCGGUCUCGACCGAUAUGAAACACUGGAAGCCUGAUCCCGUUACGACUUACUUUGCUUCACCUGCUCAUCCAUGGGAAGCUAGAUUGAUGGAACCUGGACCCGCUCCCAUCAAGACUCGUGAUGGAAAGUGGAUCUUGUUCUAUAAUGGUGUCGCCGACGGUCGAGCAGGAUACACUAGGGGUUCUUAUUCCACUGGUCAGAUGUUGAUCGACCCUGAGAUUGGUAACAAACCAGCAAAGAUCGACCACAAGACUGGUAAAGAGAGACCAGAGGCCCGAAACGGUCCGAUCGCUCGAUUAGAGAGACCCGUCCUGGUCCCGGAUGCCGAGAACGAAGUGGAAGGUCAGGUCAACCAGGUAGUCUUCACCGAAGGACUCGUCCAGUUCAAGGGUAAAUGGUACCUCUACUUUGGUCAGGCCGACUCUGAGCUAGGAGUCGCCAUUGCCGAUGUCGAACCGUGGCACAAGGAGGAAGACAAGCAUAUUUUUCAAAAGACCUACGGUCAAAAGGUCAUGGGCAUCUGAGAAUGCAUAUAAUGAUACAUGU